AAUUUUUUUUUUUUUUUUUCAACUCGAACUCAACUACUGAAACUUCAACUCUUCAUCCGAUCUCCAUACACGAAUACUUGAAGACCAAUCGAGAAUCAGUUUCUGCUGUGAUUAGGUUUUGCAUUUGAUUUUGAAUUCCCCCCAAAAAAAAAGAUGGAUUACAGAGAAGAUGCAGAAGAUGGGAGAGGCGGAGAUCUGAGGAAGCCAUUUUUGCACACAGGGAGCUGGUAUCGUAUGGGUUCGGCGCAGUCUAGCAUGAUGGGCUCGGCUCAAUCUAUUCGUGACAGCUCCAUCUCUGUAUUGGCUUGUGUUUUGAUUGUUGCGUUGGGUCCUAUUCAGUUUGGCUUCACUUGCGGUUACACUUCACCGACACAGUCUGCUAUUACCAAGGAUCUCAACCUCACAACUUCACAGUUCUCCGUAUUUGGUUCGUUGUCAAAUGUGGGAGCUAUGGUUGGGGCAAUAGCUAGUGGUCAGAUUGCCGAGUAUGUUGGCCGAAAAGGGUCUUUGAUGAUUGCUGCCAUACCUAAUAUCAUCGGUUGGCUCGCCAUAUCAUUUGCUCAAGACUAUUCGUUCCUUUACAUGGGACGAUUGUUGGAAGGAUUCGGUGUUGGUAUAAUCUCUUACGUGGUGCCUGUAUAUAUAGCCGAAAUUGCGCCGCAAAAUCUUAGAGGGGCUUUGGGCUCGGUGAACCAGCUCUCUGUGACAAUAGGAAUCAUGCUAUCGUAUUUGCUCGGAUUAUUUGUUAGCUGGAGAAUUCUUGCAAUUCUAGGAGUACUGCCGUGCCUGAUAUUGAUCCCUGGACUUUUCUUCAUCCCAGAAUCUCCUCGGUGGCUGGCUAAAAUGGGAAUGACAGAAGAUUUCGAAGCAUCUCUGCAAGUUCUUCGAGGUUUCGAAACUGAUAUUACCCAUGAAGUAAAUGAAAUCAAGGCUUCUGUAUCAUCAACAAACAGAAAAACGGCAAUCAACUUUGCAGAUCUCAAGCGAAGAAGAUAUUGGUUACCACUCAUGAUAGGAAUUGGCUUACUUGUUCUCCAACAGCUAUCUGGAAUUAAUGGUGUUAUCUUUUACUCGAACUAUAUAUUUGAAACUGCAGGGAUUUCAUCAAGCAAUGUUGCAACAGUAGGUGUCGGUGCUAUUCAGGUCAUUGCUACUGCAGUUGCUACAUGGUUGGUCGACAAAACGGGGCGAAGGAUUCUAUUAAUUAUAUCCUCUUCCGGAAUGGCUGUCAGUCUUGUUGUUGUUGCCACAGCUUUCUUUUUAAAGGGCUUCGUUUCUGAGGAUUCUAGAAUGUUUGGCAUCUUGGGAAUCUUAUCAGUAGUCGGAGUGGUGUUUAUGAUCAUUUCGUUUUCACUCGGAAUGGGGCCCAUUCCCUGGCUUAUUAUGUCUGAGAUUCUUCCAAUUAAAAUCAAAGGACUAGCUGGAAGUGUUGCAACUUUGUGCAAUUGGUCCUUCUCUUGGGUUAUUACUAUGACUGCACCGCUUCUACUCACUUGGAGCAGUGGAGGAACUUUCACUGUUUACACAUUCAUGUGCAUAUUCACCGUCGCGUUUGUGGCGAUUUGGGUUCCGGAAACAAAGGGAAAAACAUUAGAGGAAAUCCAACUUUCGUUUAGAUAAGAUCUCUUUUGCCAUUUUCGGGAAUUUUUAUUUUUCGAUUAUAUUGUUUUUGUUAUUAUUAUUAUAAUGUUGUUGUUGUCAUUUUGUGCAAAGGGUGUAAUAUUAUCUUUGUUUUUGGAGGGGAGAGAGGUUUUUUGAGUGGUAAUCUCUCUAAUUGUAUUUCUUGAGAUAUUUCUUCCAGUAAAAGCAUGCAUGCAUGCUUGUGAUUAUGUAAAUUUCAGAAUUUCAUUUUCUUUUAUUUAUUGUAAAACAUUUAUAAUAAAUGAAUUUCAGAUUCCAUUGUCAUCUCC